GCUACUUUAUGCUCUCACGACAGGACAAAUGUCUUAUCACGGACGCGCCGGCCAAGGUUACGGACGAGGUCGGGGGCGAGGCAGCGGCCCCUUCGCGCCGCGCAACUCCAACCUGCCCUUCAGCGAGCGAGUAGAACUGCCCGAAGGCCUUCGCCCUAGCGACGUUGUGGGCCGCAGUGGGGGCUCCAAUGUCAAGUGGCUGAACCGGCAGUCGGGGGGCGCGAUGUUUGAGGUUGAUGAUGAUGGCGUCACGGUGCGCGCGACUUCCCAGGAGGUGUUGGAUAUCGGCGUGGAGCUGCUCAUGCAUCAAUUCGACAGCAUCAAGCGCCUCGGUGCCCCGGCGUACUCCAAGCCAACGGCUGUGGAUUACAUCCUGCGCAAGCAGAGCUUCGGCCCGCAGCCGCGUGUGCUGUUCCGGCAGCGCACAGAUGAGGUCGCGAGGAUUGGCGGCAAGCAGGACGUCCUGUACGAGCUGACUCCAUUUGGUGCCGCCGCCGCCGCCGCCGCCGCUCCUGCUACUGCCGGCACUUCCGCAGACGCCAUCACAGACCGCCUGGGUGGACUGACUCUGGGCCGUGGCGGCGGCGGCGGCGGCGGCGGCGGCGGCGGCGAAGGGCCUGGCGGCGGCGGCGGCGGCGGCGCUGGACGCGCCUUCCACUCGGAGGGCUCGCCGGCAACGCUGCGUGACGUGGGCGCGAGCCUACUGGCGGCGGCGGCGGCGGCUGCGGCCCACACGCCGCGCUUUGACAACUUGAAGAUGCGCUUCACGCUGGGCAAGAACCUGUUCAGCGACCCCGGGCGCCACCGACUGGACGGCGGCCCCCUGCAGCAUCAUGACCUGGAGGGCGUGUCCUCCGGUCGCCACAGCGGUUACCACUCCUUCUUCAGCAACUGUGUCCCCGGCGACACCGCGCCGCGGCUGGUGGCGGCGCUGUGCUCGCCCGCGCGCCCGGAGCCCUUCAGGUUCCAACUGGUGGACACCAAGAGCCGCGCGUCCGCGCACGUGAUCAACCAGGAGAUCAACGUGCGCUACUCCAUCGCAAUGGACCUUAGCCCAGACCUGGUGCCGCGGGAGCUGACAGGCGGCCGCGGUUACGGUUACAGCGGCAGUAGUUGGUACGGCGGCGGUAGUUGGUACGGCGGCGGUGGUAACUAUGGCGGUUACGGCGGCGGCGGUUACGGCGGCAGUGCUGCUGGCGGCGCUGCUGGCGGCGGCGGCGGCGGCGGCGCAACGCUGCGUAAGUUCAAGGCGGGCGGCGCCAAGUGCCAUUUCACGUCGGCGCUGGGCGGGCCGCGGCAGCUGGACGUGCGGCUCAAGCUGCUGGCGCAGUACCGCGAGAACCAGGGCCUGCUGGCGGACGCGGACGCCCACGAGACCGCCGAGUGUGUGGUGGACGCAGUGAACCGCCUGGGACUGCAGCCCCUGCUAGACAGCAGCAGCAGCAGCAGCGCCGGCGGCGGGGGGCGUGGAGGCGGUGGCGGCGGCGGGCAUGGAGGCGGCGGCGGCCGCGGCGGCGGCGGGCGGGGCGGGCAGCUGCAGCAGCUACUGCCCAAGCACCGGGUGUUGGAGUACGUGCGCAUCAAGAGCAAGCGGGUGUACGAGGGGCGCAUCGAGCUGCCCGGCGGCGGCGGCGAUGGUGGCGGCGGACAGGCUGUGGUGCGGCUGAGUGUGCUGCAGGUGCUGGACUCGAACGGCAGGCGCACGGAGAUUACAGGGAGCCUGCCGGAGGUGGACGUGGCCCUGCGCGCAUUCGCAGAGGUGGAGCAGGAGGCGGGCGGCGGCGGCAGCAGCGGCGGCGGUGGCGGUGGGCUGCAGCGGCUGACGGCUGAGAACUGGCCGCAGGGCACCGUGAGCGCACUGCUGGCGUUUGCGGACCUGAUCAACACGGUACUGCUGCAGGGGGAGUGAUAAUGAUGAUGCGCGGAUGCAAUGGAAUACCCAGAACCAGGAUGGGUACGGUAUAGAUGGCGAAGUGCUGGCUAGUGAAUAGAUGGGAGAGAUUGGGCUGCAUUUCGCAUUAUUGGAACGGAUAGGCUGGGCCGCCGGCGGCACAAAGUUCGGCGCACCAUAUAUAUGGUUGAUGUUGUGGAAUUCGGUGGCGAGGGGUGGCAAUGAUGCAUGGGGCAGCGUGCUUCUGCCACCGGCACGGUCUGGUGUUGGUCGCUGGCACGGCACUGCCACGGGAACGAACGGCACUGGUGCACUUGCUGGUAACGGAGCUGGCAGCAGAUGUGACAGGCGUAUGGCGAGGCCGCGCGGGAGGUAUGGACGCAGCCAUUUGCAGGCACACGUGUGCGCGGCGGUAUGGCGGCGGCGGGUGACGGGUGUGGCAGCCGACCUAGGGGGUUCCAGGGGGUUCUACUCCCUACGGACGACACAAAAAAAACAGCUGCCCACAUCAGACUUUGGAGUGAAGGGCGUUGAUUGCGCUGAGGACGACGGUCGAGCAAUGCUCGUGAGCACUUCCCUGAACGGUUUGUAUGAAACAUCCAGAGGGGGCAACGCAAGAUUAGUGAGAGGAUGCGAUGGGACAGGGUAACAUGCAGUCUCCUAGCAUAAUGGAAACUG